AUGUCGACCAUGAAGUUGCGCAUCGACGGGCGCACGUUCCGCGACCCCCAGAACCGUGAGGUCAUCCUCCAUGGCAUCAACAUGGCUGCAGACGCCAAACAGCCUGCCACACCAGACCUGCCCUCACACGUAUCCGACAAGUUCUUCGAUGGCGACAAUGUCUCCUUUGUGAACCGACCGUUCCCUUUGAAAGAUGCAGACUCCCAUUUUGCGCGGCUCCGAGGCUGGGGAUACAACACCCUACGGUACAUCUUCACAUGGGAGGCAAUAGAGCAUGCGGGGCCAGGAAAGUACGACGAAGAGUGGAUAGACCAUACCAUUGCUAUACUACGCAAGGCAAAGGAAUACAACUUCUACAUCUUCAUGGAUCCGCACCAGGAUGUAUGGUCACGGUUCUCGGGAGGCUCAGGAGCACCCUUGUGGACCAUCUAUGCCUGUGGACUGGAUCCAGAGAUGUUCGCCGUCACCGAAGCUGCUCUCGUGCACAACACCUACCCCGAUCCCGCCACCUUCCCCAAGAUGAUUUGGACAACCAACUACACCCGACUGGCAUGCCAGGUCUUGUGGACAUUGUUCUUUGGAGGACGAGACUUUGCGCCCAAAGCCAUCAUCGAUGGUAAGAACAUUCAAGACUACCUUUUGGACCACUAUCUUGGAGCGAUCGAACACUUUGCAAAGCGGAUAAGAGAUGCAGGUGGCCUAUGGCACGACCCCAUUGUCGGUUGGGAAAGCCUGAAUGAACCCAACAGGGGCCUGAUUAGCUAUCAGGAUAUUACAGUAAUCCCGACAGAGCAGAAGUUGCAAAAGGGCACCUCUCCAACGGCGUGGCAGGCCAUCUUGACCGGAUCGGGAAGAGCUUGCGAGAUUGCGACAUGGGAGUUUGGCGGUCUUGGGCCGUACAAGAGCGGGACGGUAUUGAUUGAUCCCCAAGGGAAGAGUGCGUGGCUAUCAGCAGAUUACGAUGACAGCAAGUAUGGAUGGAAGCGCGAUCCAGGGUGGCGGCUUGGAGAGUGCUUGUGGGCACAGCAUGGAGUGUGGGAUCCGGCAACCGACACAGUCCUCAAGAAGGACUACUUUGGAAAGGAUCCGAAGAAAGGCGGGGCCAAGAUUGACUACGAAUACUUUACCAACCACUACUGGCUGCCGCACUACCGAUCGUACAGCAAGAUGAUCAAGUCGAUCUUCCCAGACUCGCUCAUGUUCUUCCAGCCGCCAGUGCUCGAGAUACCCCCGACGAUCAAGGGCACCGAGGACGAUGAUCCGAACCUGAUCUUCUCGCCACAUUUCUACGACGGCAUCACGUUGAUAACGAAGAAGUGGAAUCGGGUAUGGAACAUUGACGUGUUUGGUGUGCUGCGAGGAAAGUACCUCACCCCCGCCUUUGCGAUCAAGAUUGGCGAGAAUGCGAUCCGAAACUGCUUUUCCCACCAACUCAAGUCGAUUCGAGAAGAGGGCACAGAGUUUACGGGUAUCCAUCCCUGCGUCUUCACGGAGAUUGGCAUUCCUUAUGACAUGGAUGGCAAGUAUGCCUACAAGACGGGCAACUACAGUAGCCAGAUUGCGGCGCUGGACGCCAACCAUUUUGCGCUCGAAGACAGCAAGGCGAAUGGGUUUGCGCUGUGGACCUAUGUUACCAACAACAACCAUUUCUGGGGUGACCUAUGGAAUGGUGAGGAUCUGUCCAUCUACUCGCUGGACGACAAGGCGGUACCCGCAGGCCCUUUCUCGUCUUCGGACGCACGGGCAUCGCUCGACAUGGACUCGCCCUCCUUUUCGAAGACGCAGUCGUCAGACACGGUCAGUGUCACGCCGUCUACUCUACAACGGACAGUCACCCAAGAGCGAAUGACGUCGAGCAAGACAGACGAGGAUGUGCGAGGUCUGCGUGCUGCAGAAGCCUUCAUCCGUCCUACGCCUGUUGCGGUGCAUGGUGACGUGGUGUCGUAUGGCUUUGACCUGAAGUCGUCUACCUUCACACUGGCACUCUCAGCUCCCAGUUCGACGUCGGAAGAUGCGCCGACGAUUUGCUUUUUGCCAGAAUUCCACUUCCCCUCCGGCCAGACGAGUGUUGAAGUCAGCGGCGGAAAGUGGACCAUCAAAUCGGAAGAACGGGACGGCGCUCUUGUCCAGUUGCUGACGUGGUGGCACGCAGAGGGCGACCAGAGCCUCCUGGUCAAGGGGGUGAUUCGCAAGCCAGGGACGGCGGUAGGGAUGGAGGAGGAUGAGGGAUAUCUGCAGCAAUGCCAGCGACAGGCAUGCGCGGUCAUGUAG